CAGGCCAAAAACGAUUACGUCAUCAGAGCGCGCCUGGCAGAGGCGCGCGUGCGCGAGUUUAAGCGUGUUAGGGUGAACUGCACGUGAAGAGUGGAAAAUGGCAUCGAAACAAGAAGCAGAAAUUAUAUUUGCUCAGAAACUAGCGUCCAAUGAGAAACCGAUCAGGAGUAAAGCUUUACUGAAACUGCGUAAAUACAUCAGUGUCCGAUCAGAGAAAGAGCAAGGUGGAUUCAGUGAAGAUGAACUAUUAAAGAUUUGGAAAGGCCUUUUUUACUGCCUGUGGAUGCAAGAUCUGCCGCUGUUACAGGAAGAACUGUCAACAAAAAUAUCGGGAUUGCUCCACAGCUUCCGGACCGUUGACAGUCAGUUCCUGUAUUUUAAAACAUUUCUUCAGACUAUGAAGAGAGAGUGGAAUGGUAUUGACAGACUUCGAAUGGAUAAAUUCUAUCAGUGUGUCCGCUUUGUCUUCCGGGAAGUGUUUGAAAUGCUGAAACGACAGGACUGGAAGCCAAGUGUGGUGAAUGAGUUUUUAGAGCUGAUCUCAGGACAGCUUCUGCAGAGCUCCAGCUCCGCUCCGUCCGGACUCAUUCUUCACAUCCUGGAUCUUUAUUUGAAUGAACUUGCUCUCAUCGGUUCAGCUACGCUCACGGCCGAACAGAACCUAACCUUCAUCGAGCCCUUUUGCAAGGCAAUGGCCAAAACCAAAGAUCGAGUGCUGUUGAAGGCCAUCGGAAGCAACGUCUUCAACACCAUUGUGGAUCAGGUUCCUUUCGCCAUCGAGGAUCUGCUGAGAGAGAUUCGUCAAAAUGAAGGACGGGAAUCUGAAUCUGAAGACGAAGAGGCCGGUGAGAAUCAGAUGAAGAUGAAAGCUGCAGAAGAUGAUGAUCAUGAGGAGGACGAUAGUGAUUUGGGAGAUGAUUUUUCCUAUGAGAAGGAUGUCAAAGAUGGCGCUGAAUGUGGACCCGUUCUUCAGUUUGACUAUGGUGCGAUAGCUGACAGACUAUUUCAGUUGGCCAGUUAUACAAAUAUCCCAAGCUUCAACCGCUCAAAGAUCUACAAGUUUGUGAAAAUUUUUCGAGACUUGUCUGAAGGUGUUUUCCCUCAGGAUGAGGUGGAGGUCGUGUCUAGUGAUGAGGAUGAUGAAGAUGACAACAGGAGGAGAAGGAAGAAGAAGAAGAGAUUAAACAAACAGUCACAGGAGAAGACCGACAAAGCAGAUACGGAGAGCUCGGAGAUAACACCUGAAUCAGUUCCAUCAAAAGAAAAGAAGAAAAAGGGAAAGAAGAGACGUUUAAAGGGUAUCGAAGAUCAGACGGGUUCAGAUGUAGACAGACCCAUGAUAGAGACGGUUGACGUUCCUGCCUCUAAACCACUGAACACAAACAAAAAAAAGAAAGCCAAAGGUUUAGAGGUUAGUGAAGAGCAGAGCAAAUGCAUGAUUUCAAUUAGUGAUCCUCCAAAAGAACAGCAGGAUACAUCUGAUCUCAGACCAGUGAAGAAACAAAAGAAGAAGAAGAAGGAAAGUGAACGUGAAGCAGAUGAAGAGCUCUCUGACCUCAGCGUCGUUCCUCCUGCACUGCAGAAGAAGAAAAGAAAACUGAAGAAAAAGACAAGAUGUGCCGCUGAUGGAGAAACCACAGGUGACUGUUCACAGACGGACGAUAAACAAACUGAAAACUGCUGUGCAGAAAUGCACACAAACACCACCGCACCUGAUCUCUCCACAGUCACAACAACACUGAAGAAGAAAAAGACAAAGAAAACUUCCACAGAUGACCCGACAGAUGUCAAAGAAGAGAAGACUGAAAACAAGAUGAAGGUGAAAAAGAGCAAAAUAAAAAAGAAAGCUGUGAGGUCUGAAGAGUGCGGAGAAUCAGAUGAAACGGCAGAGACGCUUCAUAUAGAUGAGAAACAAACACAGAGUCAUGAAAACACAGAGACAAACACUGUGAACAAGAAGAAGAAGAAGAAACUGAAAUCUAUGGAGCUGAACGGAGAAACAAAUGAAAGCGUGAAGAGAAAGAGAAACUUAAUGAAUGGACACGCAGAACCAGACAGUGUGAAGAAACUAAAAAUAUUUAAUGAGUCUGAUAAACCUACCAAUCAGAUGAACACUAAAGGAUUUGCGUUUAGUCCAAAGAAAAGUCCCACUGCUCUCUUCUGUCGAUCUGCAGGUUUUAUCACUCCUGUGUGUAAGAAACAGAGUUUGAAGAUUUCCAAAUCGGAAACGAAAAAAGUGACCUUUGGGCUGAAGAAUAAUAAAACAAUGGAAUUCAGAAAGAUGGACCGAAGCUCACUGUUAAGUCCCGCCGGUCAGUCACAAGUUGCUUUUGACCCCAAGAAAACACCAAAAUCUGGUGUGUUAAAGUCACCCACAUCAUCCCCAGCCAUCCGGAGAAGAUCCACAGCUGCAGAUUUCUUUUAAAAUAAAAAAACGUACACAACUUCAUACAGUCAUUUCCUAUGAAACCUAGGCCCAUAUGUGUAAAGCUAUUUUAUAUUCAGAUUCUUUUGUAAAGUUAAAUCUGCCGUGUUUUAAUACAUCUGUUGUGUUUCAUGAACUGGUUAAUAUUGAAUCAAAGCUUUUAAAAUAAGAGCUUUAUAUUUUAAUAUACAAGGGCUGUAAGAAGUAAAAACAGAUGAUUCAAAAAAUAAAAUCUAUAAACAGCUUGUGUAAAAAAUGGAUGAUAAUCAGUUUCUUAGGAACUUAGAACUGAGUAGAAGUACAAACUAAUUCAUAGUCUUCACAAGACGUUUUAACCACAAGAAUAAAGGAAGAUGAGUUUUUAUUUAGGGUGUCUUUAUGUCUUAACCUGACUUUGUGUGGGUUCAAAUUAAUGUCGAUUAAUUCUGUUUUCUCUGUCAGCUUGUAAUAAUGUGCUUUUUUAAGAUUUACAAAGAGCAGCUGUGGGUUUUGAGAAAGAUUAAGCCAUUGACUCUAUUAAAGUGGUCAUACUCGUAUCAGUGACUUAGUUAAAAUCAUGGUCUACAUUUAUCUGGCUUACAGCGUAUCGGUCGCAAAGGAAUACAGGGAUCUCCAACCCUGAUAAUCCUAUAUUAGCUUCUUUCGUCAUUUCGAUAAAUUGCUAUAAAUUUACCAGAAUGACUUUACCAGUAAACCUAAAAAUGUGCUGUUCACACACGCAACAACGUUGUCUCUGUUUAUUAUAGAAACCAAAUUCUAGACAAGUUUCUCUGCCAACUGCUCGAGUUGAGCGCAGACUUUUAUGUGUUACUUUGCGCUUAUUUCCGAUUGUGAUGUUCUUCUUUUACACCCGAAGACGUGCACAUGAACAAAACUGUGACAAAGCCGGUUAAGGUGUUUACAUGCAACGUGAAAUUGGGGUAAUGAGCAAAAAAACUAUGUGCCGUUACACCGGCUUUCCCCAAUAAAACAAAACACUAUGGUUACAAAUGUAACUGUGGUUCUGUAAGUUCCAGAUGACUGCCAGAGGCGGUGCUUAAGCACUAGUGGAUUAUCGCAACACCAGCGAUAGGUCAAGAUAAUAUACCAACAAAGUUGCAUGAUGAUGUAGGCUGAGCCUUGAGUAAUAAUAGACCUACCAGCUCAGCCUUCUGCCUCAUGGACGCGUUUCUCACGCAUUCCACGUGACAAUGAUCUCUGGUGGUCAUCCAGAAUAGGCCUGUCACGAGAUACAAUUGCCCCAAAAAAUAAUGGUGAUAAUCGAUAUUAUGGUCUUUUUUAAAACCAUUUUAGGUCACUUAUUAAAUAAUGACAAUAAAAUAGGAUCUACUUACAUUAUUAUUAUGCUUUCUAAAAGAACACAACUUUAACUCUAUUCCUUUAAUACAGUGUUUCUCAAACUUUUUCUGCAAUUCCCCACUUUGGAGGUAGGGAAGGGUUCCGAGCCCCACCUGUCCCCAAUCGCCCCAACAAAAUGGUAAUCAAAAUGGUAAUCAACUAGGCUUCAAGAUUAACUGUUGAAAUGUAUUAGUCACAUCAUAUUUUAAAACAUUACAGCAUUAAA